AUGGCCCAGGGCAAGAACAAGCGUCUCUCCAAGGGAAAGAAGGGAAGCAAGAAAAAGAUAUUGGAUCCCUACUCCCGCAAGGAGUGGUAUGACGUGAAGGCGCCCUCCUACUUUUCUGUCCGACAGGCGGGAAAGACAAUCGUGUCGAAAACCUCUGGCACUCGAAUAGCAUCGGAGUCACUCAAAGGACGUGUCUUCGAGAUCUCACUGGCGGACCUGCAGAAAGAUGAAGACCUCGCAUAUCGCAAGAUCAAGCUUCGUUGCGAGGAUGUUCAGGGACGGAACUGCUUGACACAGUUCUAUGGUUUCGACUUUACGCGCGAUAAGCUGUCUUCGAUGAUGCGAAAGUGGCAGACCACCAUCGAAGCUCAUGUCGAUGUGAAGACCUUGGAUGACUACGUUUUGCGUCUGUUCUGUAUUGGUUUCACAAAGCGGCGGCAGGGGCAGAUUCGAAAAACAAGCUACUGCAAAAAGUCACAGGAGCGCGCCAUCCGGAAGAAGAUGGUGGAUAUCAUGGUCCAAGAGACAUCGAAGGGCACUCUACGAGAUUUCGUUGCCAAUAUCAUUCCAGAGGCUAUUGGGAAGGAGAUCGAAAAGGCAUGCAAAAACAUUUAUCCCUUACAAAACGUAUACAUUCGCAAAUGCAAACUGAUUCGAGCUCCGAAGUUUGACCUGACCAAGCUCAUGGAAGUGCAUGGCGAUGCUCCCGAAGAUACUGGCGUUCGUCUCGAGCAGGGCGCGGCGAUCAGCGGGGCCGCCUCACUCCAGGCGGAGACUGCGCAGGCAGAUGCACCGGUUGUUGGAAUCUGA